ACAUACCUGCUGUUAAAACAGUGUUAACGGAUACCCCUGUUGUUCCUGUACCAUGUAGUCUAAAAUUUUUGAAUUCUACCGGUUAUGGUACACCACUAUAUCCUUGUGACUAUAAUUAUACUCAAAAUUAUCUAAACUAUAGUGUUCACAAUAAUAGAUUUAGAUACACUUUUAAUAUGAAUGCUUUCUUUAACGAGAGUGCAAACUUAGGUUUAUCGAACAUUAUUCUUUCAAUAAGUUCUACGAAUCCAGACCCGUAUAGUAAUGUAGUGAUGCAAGCAUAUGAUUCAGAACAUGUACCACUUAAUACCCCCCGAACUCUUCUUGAUGAAACUAUUGAAUGGAAGAAUACUUAUUAUUUAACGAAGUUCAAUAAUUAUACCGUAACAUACGUGUGGAAAUACGCUAGAUAUAGCUUAAAAAGAUUAAAUGAUAAUUGGAUAAGCAGGCUUGGUAUAUCACAACCUGAGGUCGUUGGAAUGAAUCCAAAUUCUUCAUAUUAUGCGAUUGUUAAUAUUUCUACGGAAAGUUUCACCUUGACAGAACAAAGUAAUUUAGAACCUGAAAAAUAUAAUAUUUUAUUUACUCUUUUAAGAAAAAUUGAAAUUUCAAAAAAUCUCCCACCUCCAGAAAGAAUGAUUGAAAAAUCAUUAGAUGAAGACGCUUCUGUAGAUUUAGAUAUUCAGAGAGCAAAGUGA